AGUGAGAGAAAUUAAGUGUGGCAAGUGACACAGGGGCAGGAGAGACGCCCAGCAAGUUCCACACAUCCUUUCUUUCACUUAAGAAAGUGAUUUCUUCAAACCACCCGGGGGACCGGAAGCAACAGAAACAUGGCUGCUCUCUCAGCCUGGUUCUGGAACGAGAGGUUCUGGCUGCCGCACAAUGUAACCUGGGCGGAUCUGGCGGACCCAGCUCCCGGGGUGGAGUAUCCCAAAGCUGGACACUUGUUUACUGCCUUGCCGUUGGCUUUGGGGAUUUUCGCCGUUAGGAUAGUCUUCGAAAGAUUUAUUGCCAGUGCCUGUGCACGAAGCCUCCACAUUCAGCAAGGUGUUGGAAGAAGAGCUCAGCCCAAUGCAGUGCUGGAGAAAGUGUUUACAUCCAUCACAAAGAAUCCAGACUCUCGCCAUCUGGACGGUCUGUCCAAGCAGCUGGACUGGGAGGUGCGAAAGGUCCAGCGUUGGUUCAGACACCGCAGGAAUCAAGAUAAACCCAGCACACACACCAAGUUCUGUGAGAGCAUGUGGAGAUUUACAUUUUAUUUGUACAUAUUUACCUAUGGGUUCCGGUUUCUGCUGCAGUCCCCUUGGUUGUGGGAUACACGGCAAUGCUGGUACGGUUACCCCUAUCAGGUCAUGACUCCGGGUCUUUAUCACUACUAUGUGACAGAACUGGCCUUCUACUGGUCACUCAUGUUCUCCCAGUUCACCGACAUUAAAAGGAAGGACUUCCUGAUUAUGUUCAUCCAUCACCUGGCUACAGUUGGCCUCAUCAGCUUUUCAUACGUCAACAACAUGGCGCGAGUAGGGAGCCUCGUGCUGUGUGUCCACGAUGCCUCAGACUUCCUGCUAGAGGCAGCCAAGCUGGCCAACUAUGCCAAGUACCAGCGCUUGUGUGACUUCCUCUUCAUUGUGUUUAGUGUGGCAUUCUUUAUCACACGUCUUGUAAUAUUUCCAAUAUGGGUCCUGAACUCCACUAUGUUUGAGAGCUGGUCCAUAGUCGGGCCAUUCCCGUCUUGGUGGCUCUUCAACUUCUUACUGCUGGUCCUCCAAGUGCUGCAUAUCAUCUGGUCCUACCUCAUAGCUCGUAUAGCUAUCAAAGCCAUGCUGCGAGGCAAGGUGUGCAAUGAUGUGCGCAGUGACAUUGAGAGCAGCUCAGAGGAUGAGCCUGACACGCCCACAGACGGCCUCCAGACCUCCCCCUACACCCCCAAGGGAGAAAAUGGCACUAAUGGCCACUGUGCUGCUGCCAAGGCCCGAGCACAGAACCACAGCAGCUGGUGACACGGAGCCCGAAGCCAGUAGCCCCCUGCAGUUCAUCCCUCACAGCAUCUGAAAGAGCUUUGUUUGUCUUACGACAUCCUCUGACGUGCAAGGCUCACUCGUGCACACACACACACACUCUCUCUCUUACACGCACACAUUCCACUGACAGUGAGCGUGCACAGAUUCAUAUGUUGGUGGACUAAUGAUGGAUGUGCAGACACUGACAACGGCUGUGGAGAGCCGCACAUGUAACUCCAAAGGUGACCUGUAAAAGCUCAAAUGACAUGGAAAUCAGUUGAUGCAAGUUGAUUUGCAUAGCCUUCUUUUUCAAAUGUUGGGAUUUAUUUUGUGCUGAGUUUGGCUGCCGAUGAUUGUUAGUUUCAAUGUUCUCUCCCAGUUUUAUUGGUCAGAUGAACUUGAUUAUUUUUGUUUCUAAAGGUUAAUCCACACUGGAUCACACAGGGCAGACAUUGCAUAGCAACACAUUAUACAUACCUAUGACAGUAAUAUUCUAUUGUGAUAGCUGUGGUUUUGUCAGCUUUUUAAAGCAGGACACCUGCUCUGUGAGUGGCAAGAAGUUCAACGUGCUCCAACCAUUCUACCCUUUGCAGUUUAUUGUGGAUUUACCUUUUAACCACGUUGUUUGUGACUCAUUUGUUUUACUGUUUUUUACUACUUCUUCUGAGACCAAAUGUUUAUGAAAUUGUUUGAUGUCACUGCCUAUAGAGGAAUCCAGGUAUGAGGACCACACUAAAAGUCUGGUAUCUUGUUCUCACUUGAGUGCCUUGUAAAAAUGUAUUUCCAAAUAUAUUCUUUUGUUGAAA